GCCAUAUUAAAAAGUAAAUACUUAAUUUUUAAUAAUGUGUAGUGCAAUAAUAUUGCGUGAUGCUUGUACCUAUACAUGUCAUAAAAAAGAUCGAAAAUUGAUUUAAAUUUAAAUUAUCAAAUAUCAAACAAUAUCUUUGUGCAUUUAGAUACUUAGAAUGCUCGGAUGAUUAGAUUGUUGAAGAACUAAAUGUAUGUUUCUUUUUUAUCAAUACUCAAUAUUGAUUAAGUAGUUACUUCUUACAAUUUUACUUUUUACUGCUUAGUUAAGUAAUAGAUUUACCAUAUUUACUUUUUUGUUUGUAUGUUAAGAUUAUGAUUUUGUAAAUUGUAUUUGAAUUAUUAUAUAAGUCAUAAGAUUUGGAACAACAUGAGCAAAAGGAAAGCUCCAAGUGAUUCUACAAAUCCAAAUCAUGAUUUUUGUGAAUUUUUAACUGAAUUGGCUGAUUAUGAAAAAAAUGUUACACGUAAUAUAUAUAAGUGCAAUGCUUAUCGAAAAGCAGCAAGUGCAUUAGCAAAGCACGGUAAACGUAUUAAGUCUGGUGAGGAAGCACAAAAACUUGAUGGAAUUGGUGAUAAAAUAUCCAAGAAAAUUGAUGAGUUUUUAGGAACAGGAAAAUUGAAAAAACUGGAUAAUAUAAGAAGUGAUGAAACUUCAGUUUCUAUAAAAGAAUUAACAAGAGUUAGUGGUAUUGGGCCAGCUAAAGCAAAAGAAUUGUAUGAUUUAGGUAUUACAAAUAUUGACGUCCUGUUAAAACAUCAAGAUAAAUUAAAUCAUCAUCAAACUUUAGGAUUGAAAUAUUUAAAUGAUUUUGAGGAAAAAAUACCAAGAAGUGAAGUUAUUGAAGUAGAACAAAUCAUCAAAAAAACAUUAUUUAAUUUGGAUCCUAAAUACAAAGUUACUAUUUGUGGUAGUUAUAGACGAGGUAAAGAAUUUAGUGGAGAUAUUGAUACUUUAAUUUCUCAUCCAUCAUUUAUGUCUCAUGAUAAUAAGAAAAAAUGUAAUAAAUUGCAAGUGGUUGUAGAUAUUUUGAAAAAAAAUAAUCUCAUCACUGAAACUAUAUCGUUGGGGGAUGCCAAGUUUAUGGGUGUAUGCAAAGUGAAUCGUAUAUCAAGAAGAUUAGACAUUCGCCUAAAUCCAUAUGAUCAGUUUUAUUGUGCUGUUCUUUAUUUUACUGGGAGUGAUUUGUUUAAUAAGCAAAUGAGAGAUCAUGCUUUACACCAAGGUUUUACACUCAAUGAAUAUACUUUGCGACCAAUGGGUUCUACAGGUAUACCAGGUGAACCUGUGGAGAUAAACAGUGAAGAAGAUAUUUUUGAUUAUUUAGAUUAUCCUUACAAAAAGCCUGAAGAGCGCAAUUUAUAGUUUUAUAUAAUAUAAUAUAGUGCAACAAACUUUAUUAAAUAUUGUAUUAAUUAUUUUAUUUUAUUUAAAGUAUAAAAGUAAGUAGUUAUUAAUUAUUAUGAUUGAGUUUGAAAUGUUUAUAUUAUCUAUUUUUAUAAAAAUUAAUAUUUCUUUUUUUCCGCUAUAGACUAAAAAUCUUUUUACCAAUUAAUGUUUUGUUUUUUUUUUUGUAAAAUGAUCUGUGUUGUUCAGGUAGAAGUUUAAAGCUAUUGAAAUCCAUUAUUUUACCAGUAAAAGUAACCAAUAGUUUGGGAUGGAAAUAAAAUAAAAUAUAUAUGUGUA